GCGAUUUAGCGGCGAAAACUGGAAUCGUGGGUGGGGGUGGGGAUAUCGCGGCGCUAGCGACGCAGAAAAAUAGUUCGGAGCUCGGGAAACGGACGUCCAGUGUCGAGGAAAACGCGUCGGGAUGCCGAGCGAAAACUUGGGCAGACGGCACUGCGUCCCCGUCCUAUAUACGAGGGGCACGCACUACGAAGUCGGCUACGACGUGGGCCGGACGUUCUCGGGGGUGAUCCAGAGCUUCCUGCGUUGCUCGGAGAGCCUGCCCGAGUUCCUCGACGCGUACGAAACGGCGGAAGGCCGCCGCGCGUACGACGACACCCUCGCUUGUCUCAAAGCCAACUUCCCGCAGUACGUGCGGGAACUGGAAGGCACCGCAGAUGGCGCCAACGUUCCGUUCCACAAGCUCUUUCUCCAUCACAUGGACAACAUUAUACUGCACGCGGCCAGAAAACGUAUCAUCGAACAGCCGACCGGGUGCUCGACUAUCUGCGUGAAUCAGGACGGCCAAGAAUUGCUGGGCCACACCGAGGACGCGUUAGCGUCGACCCUGAACCAUUUUUACUUCGUAUCAGCUCACAUCGUUUCUGACAAACCUCUUGGCAAGUGGGGCGUCAAAGAGGAACGUUUCACGUCGUUGUGUUACGCGGGCCACCUGCCCGGUUACACGAUGAGCUACAACCACCACGGCCUCGUGUUUUCCAUCAAUACGCUGAGCGCGAAACACCUCAGGCCCGGCAAGACGCCCCGCCAUUUUGUGGCGAGGGCGCUGCUGACGGCAGACAAUUUUGAACGCGCGCAGAAAAUCCUGCGAGACGCGGGCUGCGGCGCCGGCGACGGCUGCUCCGUCAAUAUGACGUUCCUGCGGCAAGACGGCGACCGUCUGUUUCACAACGCCGAAAUGGCGCCCGCCGCCGACAAAUCAGACGAGUCGCAGCUGAACAUUCUGACCGCUAGUCCCGGCGAACACAUCGUCCACUGUAACUCUUAUCAGAGGAUGCAGGUCGAGGAAGCCAACAAGAGCAUGACGGACAGCAGCGUUGCCAGAUUGGCGACGUUCCAAAAGUACAGGGCGCCCAAGAACGAAUCCGACCUAAAGAAAAUGUUGAGCGAUCGGAGCCACCCGACCCACCAGGUGUUCAGAGACGGCAAAGAUGAUUACGUCAAGACCAUAUGCGUGGGAAUUUUCGACUGCGUCGCGAAGACGUGGUCUCUAUACGCCGAUAGACCCAGCGAGACGGAGCCACUGGUCGUCCUGCCUUUAGCGUUGAAAACAUAACCUCCAAACCUCGAAUAGUUUAGUUUGAUUUUAACGUACCUUAUAAUAAAUAAUAAGCAGUGUUAGUUA